AUGGCAGCAUCGGUAUCGACAGCUCGCCGUAUCGGCCGUAAAAAAGAGGGAUUCAAAGAAUUUCUCCAACGCGUAUCUGGUAUCGACCCAGAAGCCCCGGACUCUGAGUUAUUCGUACUCAACCAACGAUCCAAAGAGCUAGAUAUUCUAUCACGUGGCUUUCGGCAUCACUCUUUGCGAACUCAGUUACGACAGGAUGCCCAUUUGAGCCUUUAUCGACAAUGGGCUGGCAUCGUCCUAGCAGAAAGUCAGACGGACGGUGAGCUCGGAGAUGACGAUCUUGAUCGUCUAUGCUUCCCCGACCCAUCGAGCGAUAGCUCACAACCGUGGGCUCGAUUACAAUCUCAGCUUCGCCGUUUCCUUGUCUUCGCGCUUGAAAAGUGUGUACCACGAUCGGUUAGCGACGACUCCAUCAGUUAUCAAGUUCUCGUGCAGUACCGUCGCAGUAUUAUUUUCUGGGUGCUUCGGAAGUACCCCGAGCGAUCUAUCGAACCUCCGAAGAGAGUCUGGCUAGAGGCGGCGACGUUAGAAAUGAUGCGCUAUCUACAGACCCAACUCAAGAUUCCUCGCCUUGCUGCUCUACGUCCGGGAUCGCUUGGUAGCCCUGGGAAGGUGGGCGAUCGCCAUCUACCAUUUCUUGUGUGGGGUGAUGUCGAAAUCGAACGAACGCCUACCGUGGGUGUUUUCUACUUCCAUUUGACUAUUCGAAACCUCAAGACGAACUCGACCGAUCCUGAGAAAGAACACCACAACAAAUCCUUGGUACUAUCUAUACAUAGCCCGAAAGGCAAGAACGCAUUCGAACUUUCUGCCCCUCACCGACUAUUGACGAUUGCCCUCCGUCGAGGAGUACUAGUUGGCAUUGAGACCUUGGACGACUUAUUUACCCAGCCCCAAAGAUACAUCCUUAUCAAGGACGAAUUCAAGGAUCAACCUAUCCUUCUACAGGGCGGCCACCGUGGAUUAACUGUACAGAACAAGCCGAUAACAGCUCUCGCUCUCACAGAUUACCUCCAGCUACGAGGGAAGAAAAUCGGUCUGACAAAAUCGAUCACUUUUUACAGUAUUAGACGCAAUACUGCUAUGGAUCUCUCUACCAAAUUGGGAAGCGAAAUGGCCCGCGCAAUCAUGGCCCACGAUCCAGACUCGACCACCAUGGAAACUUACUACACAGCAGGCCGAACAGCGAUCCCCGAUCUCACAUCUGUGGCCCUUGGUACCAUGUCUGGUGAUACAGACAAUCAACCUAUUGAUGGGAGCUUGGCAUUUUCUCGCUUAGACAACGAACAGAUGCGUAAAUUCGGCCCCUUACUCAACAGCCUGUUUCUUGAGCUACGGGAAAUGGACGACGAUUAUCCUCAUGAUGGAGAUAGACGGACUCAAAAGAACCGAGACAGAGUUUUACGUCGAGCAGCUCUCCGUGCCACAAUGCAGCAGCUUUACGAGGAGCAGCGAAAAUCAGCCACCGUGGAUGCAACUAAACUGCAAAUUGACGAGCUCCAGUCAAUGUGUAAUAACUUCAAUCACCGCGUUCUUGACGCAGCUAAGCAGUCCAUUUCCAAUAGCCAUUCGUCGAGGGCAGUCGAUGAUGGACCAGCCGAUGGUAAUGAAAGCUCGCUAGAUCCAUCCGGCAUCGAUCUCAGCGUUGACUUCCCUGAGGAUAACUUGGAAACUCCAGAGCAGGACGCUGAGGACCAGUUUCAGACUCAGAUCGAGCAGAACCAGACGGUUAACACCUUCCCCGAAGAACUUCCUCGUGACAUUGACCAACAACUCUCCGACGUCGAUUACGCUACAGUUGCACGAGCAGCGAUGGAAAUUUGGUUGAACGUGGGUAUGGAGGGUUCGUCUUUUGGUCAUCAGCAAGGUGCUCAAGUUAUUUGUCACCGAUGUCAAGAUGAUGAUACCGUCGAUGCGAAUGUCAAGGCCAAAACAUGGGCACCGAGCAGGCUCCCCCGACACUUAACUAGCUCAUUUCACUCGAACUAUGAACGAUUCCUGCGACGAGCGGUAAACAAGGCGAAAGAAGAAAACCUCGAUGGUCUUCGGUGCGAGAUUUGCGUCGCCAUCGCACCUCCUGGCACGUUCAUUCCAUAUCACUCCACGAAAAGGACAUUGACAAGACACAUCGAAGAAUCUCACUCAACGCGACUAUUUACUGCGGAAGGUACCGUUGAUGCUUGGUGGUCGACGAAGAGUGAAAAGGACAAGCAGGAGAUUUUCGCUGCUCAUGAUCGGAUCAAGACAGAAAUCGGGUGGUACAAGCCCGACUUCCGUGGAAACAUUGAACACAAAACGAAAGCAAAAGCCGAAUCUCGACGACGAGAUCACCGACAACUAUCCUUUGAGUUCUCUGGCCAUCAGGAGCUUCCUCGUCCAAUUCCUAUCGGUCAUGGACUUCAACGUGGUUCAACUCCGGGGUGGUUUGGCGAGUUCCUCGAUUCGAACCCAACGGCUGCAUCUCUGGUGACUAUGGGCGAUAUUCCCACCCUCGGCGACGUUACUGGAAUGAAGGAUGAAAUUCUUCAAACGCCAUCGUUGGCUUCCAGCAUCACUUUCCACGAAGUCAGCCAGCCCCCCCCUACAGAAUUCUCUCCUCUUUUUGCGCAUUUAAUUCAGUCUGGGCCCAUCCCUGGAUCCCCAGAUUACCCUCCCAAUGCAGAGAACAUACUGGACCAGUGGGAAGGAGAGUCCAAGAAGGAUGGAUCCAGUGGUCGUCUACUGUAG